AUGUAUACAGCUCUUCGGUACUUUUAGCAGGUACCUAGGUACUUACCAGGUAGGUGCUAAGGUGGGAUGGGCGUACGGAUCCCAAUCUGCUUCAUGGUGGUGGGCAUCAUGCAGACCCCGCACGCAGAAGCAUUGUAGAGUGUUACUCGAGCACGAGCAGAGACGGUUAACGAGAGAGCAGGCAGUGGUAGAGGGGCAACGCCGCUGGAGCGAUGGGAGGGACCUCAGGUCCAUAUAAACCCGGCCUCGUCCGCCUCGUAGAUGGUUGUCUUUUGCUUCGCUUCCCAUCACAGUUAUUUGCUCUGUUCUAGGUCAAAGGCCAUAAGAAGCUGUUCUAGGUAGGUGAUAGCUCUCGAUGGCAAACCGGGUGUUCAUCCUCGCAUAAAGUCAUCCAAGAUUGGGCCUUUGCUAACAUCUACCGUCAGAUAAUCACCACUAAAAAACCCAAUUCGAGACAGUAAUCACCACUCAACCACUCAGACACAAUGGUCAAGGUCCUUCUCGUACUCUAUGAUGGUUGCCAGCAUGCCAAAGACCAGCCUGGCUUGCUCGGGACGACGGAGAACGAGCUCGGCCUGAGGAAGUAUCUUGAAGACAAUGGCCACACCUUGGUUACAACCUCUGACAAGGAAGGAGAGAACUCUGUUUUCGAUCGUGAGCUCGUUGACGCCGAAAUUAUCAUCACCACCCCCUUCCACCCAGGUUACCUCACCAAGGAACGCCUCGCCAAAGCUAAGAAGCUCAAGCUUGCCAUCACUGCCGGUGUAGGAUCAGACCACGUUGAUCUAGAUACCGCCAACAAGACCAACGGCGGCAUCACCGUUGCAGAGGUGACUGGUUGCAAUGUCGUGUCCGUAGCGGAACACGUCGUCAUGACCAUCCUUCUCCUUGUCCGUAACUUCGUGCCGGCACACCAACAAGUCACAAGUGGAGGAUGGGACGUGGCAGCUGUUGCUAAGAACUCUUACGACCUCGAGGGCAAGGUUGUUGGCACAGUCGCUGUCGGCCGUAUUGGAGAGCGUGUCCUGCGUCGUCUCAAGCCAUUCGACUGCAAGGAGUUGCUCUACUACGACUACCAACCACUAAAACCAGAGGUUGAGAAGGAGAUUGGUUGCCGUCGGGUUGAGAAUCUUGAGGAGAUGCUUGGACAAUGCGAUAUCGUCACCAUCAAUUGCCCACUACACGAGAAGACGCGAGGUCUCUUCAACAAGGAGUUGAUUUCUAAAAUGAAGAAGGGUGAGUCGUCAACUAGGGUUUACGUUACCCUAUGUAGUUUCCCUUUACCUUGGAUGCUAACGGCUUUCUAGGAUCCUGGCUCAUCAACACUGCCCGUGGCGCUAUAGUCGUCAAAGAAGAUGUGGCUGAAGCUGUCAAGUCUGGCCACCUCCGUGGAUAUGGUGGUGAUGUUUGGUUCCCUCAGCCAGCUCCAAAGGACCACCCACUGCGAUAUGUCCAGGGUCCAUGGGGCGGUGGUAACGCGAUGGUGCCUCAUAUGUCUGGCUCAACUAUCGAUGCUCAGAUUCGAUAUGCAGAAGGCACCAAGGCUAUCCUUGAAUCAUACUUGUCUGGUAAACAUGAUUAUAGGCCUGAGGACCUCAUCGUCCACAAGGGAGAGUAUGCCACUAAGGCAUACGGCGAGAGAAAGUAGGUCCAGGAUCUCUGUGUAGGUGGGCGGGUGUAAAGCCCGUGGGAUACUUCUGUGUAUGAGGCUGGGACAGGAUGUCUUUUCCUUUAGCCCCAGGAUCAGCAUGUGCAUAAUGACAUAUCUUUCUUUCCUUUACUUUUGUCUACCUACUUUCUUUAUCUCUCACAUCAGGACCUCUGAAAACGAAAUAUGGUUCGACUCUAGUGUUUCUUAACAGGAAUAACAAAUUCAUUGCUUCCCACGAAUAAUUCAGGUUGGUUUCUAUGGUCCAAUGAGAUCCUCGUCCUAUCUGCGGCGAUACCGGGUCUGGUUGAAGUCUAUGGACUAGAAUUAAUGGAGAAGCUGUGUAUUCAAAGCCGCACUUUUCUACUUUGCCUGGGAGAAAGCAUUCAUCAUAUAGAGAAGCACGCGCAGAAUCGCGCAUUCUCCAUUUUUUUUACCCUCCACAUAGCUCUCGAGAGGCAGCUGUUCAAACCAUAUCUAGCUUAAACAACGCAGCACCUAAUUAUAGACCCAAAUCAUUAGUAAUAAAGGUACCAUCUUUUGGCCUUGCAGAGACGCGCCAUCAAGUAUAUGCAAGUAAAGAACUCAAUACAUGUAUCCAAUGCAAUGCGCCAGCCCUUGCACAUUAAAGUUAUUUCAUGAGAGAACGCCAUGAUAUUCCGUAUUAUCAUUGUUGGCUUAGAGGUAUAAUGGGUAUCUUUCAAAUAAUCAUCCAGAAAACCAGGCCGUGGUAGGAUAUAGAGCUUGUCGAAGUGGUGGCCAAUCAUAAUGCAUCAGAUAUAUGUUGGUAUACGAGACCCAGCUUGGAAUAUUAGUACAUUAUGGCUCGGAAGGCUGCCACCUAGUAUCUUGGGUUCAACCAAAGGCAGUGCUUAUGCGCACAGAACCAAUCAAGUAGCAUCCUUAAAUCAUGGGCAACGAGCUCUUGUAGAGAAUAACAUUCUCCAGUCAUGGAUCUCAUGGCUUCAGAUCCGAGAAUAUACCGGAGUACAGUUCAACCCUGCUCCCAUCUACGGUAAAACAAGCUACGUAUGGGAUGCGGAGUACCAACUGUAGGGCCCUGAGUCUGAAAGAUAUCCAAUUAUCGGGUCGAGCCGUAGAAAUAAUAGAGCCUGACUCACCAAGGGGAUGCAAGGUAUAGAGUUGAAACAACGCUGCACGGACUGUUCCCCAGGGUGAGUUACUCAUGUGUGAUAACCACGCUUGUUGGCUGCAUUGGCGGAUCCAGCUAGGUGACGGACAUGAACGGUUAUGUUAGUUAUAUGGGCUACUCCGUACAUAUGGGCUACUCCGUACAUCAUCGUCCUCGACGUCGGCUGCGACAUAUCAGCGUAAUGGGGGGCAACGAUACCCAGCGUUUUGGGGCCAAGAAGGCUUAGCAGGCAUUGGGAACAGCCACUCUUUCAAUCACAAGGCCAUUGCCCUGCAGUUAAAUAGGCGAAGAACUAAAUAAAUCACGAGACCGGACAGUCCGGC